CGCCAAGUCGGGGCUGCUUCUUCCUCGUACGAUGUAACCAUUUCAAGACACCAUGAUGAAGCGAGGCAGCGUGGUUCUGGGACCUAAGCCGACCAAGGCAUGUGUCAACUGCCGGAGACUGAAGAUGAAAUGUGAGGUCUCGGGCCCUCCUCCAUGCCGUCGUUGCCGGCAUAACCAGACACCGUGUAUCUUUAAGCCUCGGGCCAAUGCAUCCGCGUUGCAUGAAAUGGUUGAAGAAGCCCAAACUGAACUUCUCGGUUCUCGGUCAUCGACAUAUGACCAGCAGUCCGUUCUUGACCGGCUAGAUCGAAUUGAAGCCGCACUGGGAAUUAGCCAGGAUGCACCGCCAAGUGUCUCGGUAACCGAGGAUUUGGACGUGGAUGAAGAACCAGAUUUAGUGCCCUUGCAGGGUGUUUGGAAAGCAGUAGCUCAUCUCAGGUCUAUAACACCGGCACUUGAUGGAAACAUCUGGUCUAGACCAAUUGUGAAACGUCUUUGGAGCUCAUUCCUGAAUAACCUGCCACUUCUUCACUUUUUGAAAGACCGAGAUGUAUUUGCUUCACCUACACCAUUGCUUCUCGGCUCUGUGCUCUAUAUCUCCGCCCUUCAUCACCAGCAACCCGAACUAGCAGCUAUGGAAUCAGGCUAUUUUGCAGCCACGUGUAGUGCAAUCGCUGAGCUGGUGACGCCGUGCUUGAAGCGAAGCCACGUUGAUCUAACAGACUCAUAUACUGAUGAAGAGUCGAAUAAUGCUUUGAAAAUCCAGAAGGACAAGGCUUUCCAUAAUAUCCUGGGCUUGAUCAUGGCAAGUCUGAGUUCUGAAGCAUAUAUCGAUGCAACUGGCUCAUGGAUCGCAAUUGCAUAUCGACUCUGGCUAGACCAUUGCCCUUCGGACAUGGAUGCUUCAAUCUCUGAUUGGCGAGGACUGUUCUGUGGUCUUCAGGUCAUUGAUAUCGAGCAUGCGUCUAUGCAUAUGACACAUCCCCUGCUACCUCGCCAGCCUUCCAAAUCUGGUAUUCAGCGAUUGGACAAUCAUCAUGGAAAUGCCUUCCAAGGUCUUGCUGACAUGAUGCACUACGGGUUGAGCCAUUUCGUAGGCAAAGGCUUACCGACCGUCUGGUGCACAAUAAAUGCCGACAUUUCCGCCAACAUCUCCACUCCUCAUUCUUCAUUCUCAGACCACGAUUCUGAUGUCAUUCGACUCUGGGCACGUAAGUUGGAUGACUGGCUCGUGCGAUAUAAUGGAACUUCCCAACCCAGCCCGUCAGAUCGACAAGGGAUCUUGAUCCUACUACAAUAUCAUUUGCACAAGCUAUUUGUACUAUCAAUAUAUCACCCUGCUCGAGGAUUCGAUUUGAGCUCCGCAAAAAUCGCCCCCGUUGAGAGGCAUGAGCUGCUUGUCUCGGCAAGGGCAGUGCUGAGACUACGGCAGGAUGAUGCUAGCAUCUGGUCUAAUUGGGACCUGAUCAUGAUAACCUGGGCUGCUAUGCUACUCCUUCGUGGUGUUGAAGACGGCAUGACGCAUCAAGACGAUCUCCAUCUUAUCCAAGCACACCUUCGAAGCCUAGAACGGAGUCACCAAUCGGCAGCCAGCAUUCACACCGUUCUAUCCCAACGCCUUGAAUCAAGUAUGCAAGCAAUGCAUACGCCGCCAGAUACAAGCUCAGCAUUAGCAUUUCCCGGUCCAAUGGUCGAUGACUCGUGGACGAUUUUCGAUCAAGAAAUCAUGUCCCUGGCUAAUCCACCUUGGCUGUUUCAAGAUCCGACUCCCUUACCGCAGACACAGAAAUCCGCAGUUCCCGCAGUUCCGGAUGUGCAGGCCAGCUUGCCCUAUGACUCUGGUCUUUUGGCUCACAACGCACAACAAUUUUCGGCUAAUAACCAAUGGAACAGUGCAGAGCAGUUGCAUGGUGCAUUUCCAUCUACCUUAAACAGGAUAUUUGGAAAUGAGGCUGCAGAUCAUGGAACUAGAUUGAUUUAAUGUUAAUAUACCCGGCGAUUAUAAUCAUCCUCCACAU